AAUCGCGUGUGUACGAUACGUGCGCGACGGCGACGGCGACGACGGCGACGAUACACGUCCACCGUGGGUUAGGGGCGAGGGGCCGUGCGUGUGUGUGCGUGCGCGCGUGCGAGCGAGCGAGAGACGACAAGUCCGCGAGUCCGGGCGAGAGCGACGGACGCGAGAGAGAGAAUUCGGGUGCGGGUGCGCGGGAGUCCUCGCGUGGAGGACGCUCUACGCGCGACGCGACGCGACGCGACGCAUCGCGACGCAUCGCGACGCAGCGCGCGCGCGACGCCGCCGAACGUGCGUGAGCUCGCUCGUCCGAGCGACAAUGACUAUGUGCUAACGUUCUCGGCGAUCCGGGAGCCAUGGCGAACAUCGCGGCGCAGCGAAUCAAACGGGAAUUCAAAGAGGUUAUAAAGAGCGAGGAGAUAGCGAAAUGUGCGAUUAAAGUUGAGCUGGUCAACGAUAGUCUUACCGAAUUGAAGGGAGAGAUUGCUGGUCCACCGGACACACCGUACGAAGGUGGUAAUUUUGUGCUCGAGAUCAAAGUUCCCGAGACGUAUCCAUUCAAUCCUCCCAAAGUACGUUUUAUAACAAAAAUAUGGCAUCCCAAUAUAUCUUCCGUUACUGGUGCCAUAUGUUUGGAUAUCUUGAAAGAUCAAUGGGCUGCCGCAAUGACUCUGCGUACAGUAUUGCUGUCGCUACAAGCAUUGUUAUCUGCAGCUGAGCCUGACGAUCCACAGGAUGCAGUAGUCGCUAAACAAUAUAAAGAACAUCCUGAAUUGUUUCGUCAAACUGCCACGCAUUGGACAUUUGUAUAUGCAGGUGGACCAGCGAAAAUGCCCGAUUUAGAUGACAAGAUAAGAAGAUUAACAGAUAUGGGGAUCGAGGAACAUAAUGCGAGAGUUGCGCUAUCUUCAUAUAAUUGGGACUUGGAACGCGCCACCGAGCACUGCCUCUUCAGUUAGUGAUAACUACAUAGUUAAUUCACAUCCAAGCAUUUCUUACAUCCACUCAUUUUUAAGUGCUAAAAAUUUCCAUGUUCGGAUAUUGAUAUUAUUAGUGGUUUUACAAUUGAAAUUUCGCACCUAUAAUGACAAUAUCUGGAUGAUAAAGACAUUACCAGAAAAGUUAUUCAAUAUCUACCAAUAGUCAUUUAUUUAAUUUGUAACAUAAGCAUGAGGGAGAAAUUAUUAUUAAAGAAAUGGCAUAGUAUGAAUCAACUAGUAUGAAUUAAAUCUUACGUAAGCACAAAUUAUAGCAUUGUAUGAAACAAAUAUUCUGUUCAAAUUCCAUUGUUGCUUAAGAAAUAAUGUAAACUUACAAAAAACAUUUUUAUCAAUACCUUCUUGAUUCCUUUGUACGUAAUAAUUCAGUACAACAGAAAAUUGAUGUAAAUGCGUAUCAUUUAGCUCUGCAAAUCAUUAGUAAAUUUUUAUUUCAUCAGCUUUUUAUGUUUUCCAUUGCAUUAUAGACUUUGAAUUUGUAUUAGGAAUAUUAAAUUUUCAGUCAAGUCUAAUGUAUGUAACCAUGAGAUACUAUCUUUCAAGUGUAAUUAGAUAUUUGCAAUUUCUAUAAUUUAUGAUAUUAUCCUUUAUAUUGGUGAUGCGUAAAUUUUCUUCAUGAGCUGUAUAUACUCUAUACAUCACAUUUACUUUUUUUAAUGGAAGGUACGUGUUACAAUAAAAACAACGUGUUUUGUUCUUUAAUACAAGACAUGUAUCUUGCUAUUAAAGUUCAUCAUUUCUUAUUAAAUUGUUAUUCAGAUUGAAUCUGUUCUUCUAAUAAAAAAAAAAGGAAAAACUAUAUUGGGCUUGAGAUUUUGAAGCAUGAAAAUCUUUAAUGUCUCAUUUUUAUUGUCAAGUCUGUCAGAGUCACUAAAUAAUUUCGUCAUCACUGAUGCAAACAAACUGCUCUUUCAUUUCAAGUAGAAAAAGUAUAAUUUGAGCGAAUUCGCUGCAAACUUGUUCGCUUUAAUGUUAAUAUUUUAUAUUUGUAUAUUUUUAGUGUUGGCUUGCAUGAGAUGGUAAAACUAUCGCAGCACAGAUAUGUAUCUUUUUGUUCUUGCAUCUGUAUUAUGCCGUGUACAUUCCAGACUCAGGUGUAAAUGGCAUUUAUUUUGCGACCCCAGUGAAAUUCUAUAUUACUUGGAAUAUGUGAUUGGAGAAAGAAAAAAAGAUUAGGGCAAAUAUUAAAUUUGAACUUUAGUUUGCUAACAAUUUUGUCAAAUCAUUAGAUGGUACGGUUAGAAAGUAUAAAGAUUGAAAUUACAUCAUUAUUUGUAUAAUAAUGUAUAUGAUGCAGAAAUGCACAUAGCUUUUUGUACAAUCAAAUGUUAAAUCAUGUGCGUUAUACAGUGAAAGGAUGAAAUUUUAAUUAUAGUUUUACCAGUUUGUAGCAUCAAUUUUCAUAUUUAAACAAGUGAUAGCUAUUGUAAAAACUGUUUUGCUUUUUUUUCUUUUAAAUAUCUAACUCGUGAUGUAUCAUCCUACAUAUGGGUUUGUUUAUGGAUGUAGUUGUGGUUCCAACAUCCUCUUUGAUGUUUUAAUUGCUGUAAUGUUUAAUAUCGUAAAAAAAUAAAUAGUUCUUUUUCCAUUGU